AUGGAGUCCCCUGGGUCCCAGGCCAAGGCUGUUGGGGAGCGCCUCCUCCAGGCUGAGACCCAGAAGACUGGGCUCCAGGCUGUGUCCCGUGGUCAAAGGGGAAGAGUGCUGCGCUGGUUCACCACAGCGGUCCUGAAUGCCGCCUUCCUGGGCAUGGGAGUGAGUGUUGCUGUGCUAGGACCCACGUUCCCAGACCUGGCAAGAAAUGUGAACAGAGACGUCAGCAGCCUUUCGGAAAUAUUCGUGGGCCGUGCCCUUGGCUACUUGUGUGGCUCUGUGGUUGGCGGGGUGCUUUUCGACUGUAUGAAUCAUUUUUUACUUUUGGGGCUGUCAAACCUGCUCACCUCAGCCGGUCUUUACCUGACUCCAUUCUGUAAGACAGCAGUCUUACUUACUGCCAUGAUGUCUGUCACAGGCAUCUCAUUUGGUGUUCUAGAUACAGCUGAGGUCUCCAAGCAACUCUCCUGA